AAAGUCCUCGCUGAACUUCCUGCACAACAGUAGGACUCAAAGUGUGCAAGCAAGUCUUUCUUAUGAAAAGGGGAGGGAGGAAGACUCUGAUGUCAGGCCUGCUGCUGCUGCCUAUUCACACUGUCUGCCUAUAUUAGGAAGGAGAAAGCGCCAAAGCAGGCGAUGAGAAAUAACUUUGGAGUAAAACUUUUCUUCUCUUCUUUGGCUCGGGAUUGCGCAGAGAGAGAGACGUGACCACUGGUCCCGGGUUCUGUUCUCCAUUGGCUCUCCUGAGUGUGAUUCUUGUCCUGAUUGCCGGUGCUGCUGUUCAGCGGAGUAAGAGUCGUCACCAGUCAUAUUCAUCAGCCAUUUAAAGAACCAAGAGACCUUGCUGAAGGCAUCAGCCCACUGCUUGUAGAGGAAAUGAGCAACAUAGAGAUGUACAAAGUGACCCUGGAAAGCCCCGCUCCUUGGGGAUUCCGACUGCAAGGUGGAAAGGAUUUUAACAUGCCUCUGUCUAUGUCAAGGUUGAGCCCUGGUGGGAAGGCUGUCCAAGCUAAGAUCGGUGUUGGAGACUUGGUAUUAACCAUUGAUGGAGAGAGCACAGAAGAGAUGACUCACAUUGAGGCCCAAAAUAAGAUCCGUGCAUGUUCAGGGAAUUUGCAGCUUACAUUGGGAAGAUUAUUGCGUCCCUCAGGAACAUCUCAGCAGGAUUCACAGGACUACUAUACCCAGAAGUAUUCAUUUUCACCUAACACAGCUCUUAAUAAAACUGCCCGACCAUUUAGCAGUGGGAGCUUCAAGGAAAACUCACAGGUAGGACCUGUGACAAGGCCAGUGAAGUACAUUCCACCUACAACGGCAUUUGCUGUAGACACUAAUGUUCGGAAGCAGCAGUCUAGCCAGGACCUGAAGUCAUCUGCUUCACCGACCAACCUACAAGAUGGAGGCCAAGGCUCCAAGGUGUCAAGAAGUCAGAGCAUGGGCCCAUCAUCUCGUCCACCAUGGGCCACAGACUCAGAAUUUGCUGAACGUUAUGCCCCUAACAAAACUACCACAGUAAUGACUAAGCACAGUCAACCAGCACAGCUCACACCAAUGGAAAACCGAAGCUCCAUCAUGCAGGCAGCUCAGCAGAUACCAGACCUUGGCAACAGGACCCCUGUGUGUAACCAGUGCAAUAAAAUCAUCAGGGGUCGUUACCUUGUGGCAUUAGGACGCUACUACCAUCCAGAAGAGUUUACUUGCUGUCAGUGUAAAAAGGUGUUGGAUGAAGGUGGAUUCUUUGAGGAGAAAGGGUCUAUUUAUUGCACCAAAUGUUAUGACAACAGAUAUGCUCCAAACUGUGCCAAAUGCAAGAAAAAAAUCACAUCUGAAAUAAUGCAUGCCCUCAAGAUGACGUGGCAUGUCCAGUGUUUUGUCUGUGCUGCUUGCAAGACUCCAAUACGCAAUUGGGCUUUCUACAUGGAGGAAGGCCAGCCAUACUGCGAAAGAGAUUACGAGAAGAUGUUUGGUACAAAAUGCCAUGGCUGUGACUUCAAGAUUGAUGCUGGGGACAGAUUCCUGGAAGCAUUGGACUACAGCUGGCAUGAUACUUGCUUUGUCUGUGCAGUUUGCCAUAUCAACCUGGAAGGAAAGACCUUCUACUCAAGAAAGGAUAAGCCACUGUGCAAGACCCAUGCUUUCUCCCACGUUUAAGUAUUACAUUCAGGAAGAGGAUGAGGAGAAGGUUAUGAUUUCUAACCCUUCCUCUUCCACCACACCAUAUAGGCAUGUUACUGCAGUCAAUGGCAAGGCCUGAGGAAGUGGAUCCUCAUUACAGCCAGCGUUUACAGUUAGCAGCAGCGAUGUUAUACAUGUUACAGAAGCAAGCCACUAAAUGUGCAACAGAGUGUCUUAACAUUUUAUAUAGUCUUUUUUACAUAAACUGUUUUGUAACAACUUCAUAGCUCUUUAGCAUGUCUGUGCUCCUUCUGAAAUCAGUUUUCAUAGAUUGCAAAAAUGGUGAGUUAGACAAAAAAGUGUGACAUGAGACUUAAGUGGGAUUACUACUGAAAUUUGUUAGGAGAGCAUUGGAUAAAUGCCUUCUUAUUAAGAGAGUGGGAGCCUCCAGCUUUAGCCAUGAAAACCACUUGCGCUUUGAAUUCUACCAUAAUUAAUGUCUUUGAAUGGAUAGAGUGUGGGAUACUUCUUAUCAAAGCAGUCUUUCCUUGACAUUCUGCAGUAGCCUGACACACUUAUUAGAAGUGUGGGCGAACAAAAGGGUUCGUCCAAGACCUGCUAUCAUUUCCUUUCCACUAGCACCCACUUAUGCUGUAGGUACUGCAGUGAUGCAGGAACAUACUGAUCAUUUUGUGUUUUGGGACCUGCUGAUAUAUGGAUGUAUUCAGUAUCUACAGUAGCAGAUUCCUCACUUUUCAUUAGCUGGUACAUCAGUGAAACCUGAAUGACUACUGGACCCUCUUCUAUACCUCUCUACUAGAGGCAUUUACAUUUCCAGAGUUGUCAGUCCCUCAUCUGUUAUUGGUAAUUGGUACUUUAUGGUUUGGUAAAAAAUUGAUACUUUCAGUUUCCAUAACAGCCUGUCUCGCACUUUUCAGCACUAUUCUGUCUACAUAGCAUAUCUGCUGGUUUUCUGGGCUUACUGGUAUAUUUCUCCAGUGAGUAGUCCUAUUUUAAUUUUUUUUAUGUUUGUGUAGGUAGUUAACAUUAUGUUUGAAAUUGUGCAGAUCACUGUGUUUUCCCAUCAAAGAGGAGCCGUACUGACAAUGUAUAUUAUCCUCGGUAUUAUGUCAGAGGGACUUUGUACAGGUAAUUGACUUAACGACCCACUGUAAAAGUUUAAAGGUAGAUUAAGCAAUAUAACUAAAGUAUUUUAAACAUUUAUUGUUAUCAGAGCUGUUUUCAUUAGAGACGUGCAGUAGAGAAAUGACUUCUUCCACAUUUGUAUAUUUCCUUUAAAAUUAAAAUCUUUUAUAUUUGCUUUCAUAUAUCCUCAGCGCUUAGUGUUAUAUAGUCCUAUGAUUUGGAUACAGAGCACCAUCUGACUUAACUUGUUUCAAUUCUGUCCUGGUGCCAGCUUUCAGAGCUGCUAAUGCCAUUACUGGAAGUGGUUCUUUUGGUAACACUUUUUGACACUGAAUUGCAGGGAUGCAUCACUUCAGUGGCAGAUAAUAUGUUACUAGGCCCAUUCCCAUGCUGAUUCACUUUUAGGAGCUUUAGACACUGCACAAGCUAUAAAUAUUUAUUUUCCUGAGAGGAUAUUAGAUUCAUUUUAUUUUUGCUCUUUUGUGAUCAAACUCGCAUGCUGUAGGACCAGUGCCUGAAGAGAGAGAGAGACACAGCUUGCCACAUCAUAAGGGCUUAUUUUGAUUAUGUCUUCCAUUGUUAGCCUCACAAACUGCUGUUUUUAUCUGCUCCCCAACAUUUUGCAUUGUCAGUGCCCCAAUCCUCUGGUGGUUUCUGGUACAUUCAUUCCUCAAAAGCAGUAGGGCUGAAUGCUAGAAGUCCUGGCCAGCCUUGUAGUUUGGGGCUAGGACAUAUUUUUGAUUUAUUUAUUUUCACCUGGCCUGCAGAGUUCCACCCCACUGUGGUGUGAGCAUGCACUGGUUACACAGCGGAACUAUUGCUCGAUUUAUUUACUUAACAAAUCUCUAAUGCAUCUCCCACCAUCACCAACUUCACUUUUCCGUACCCCCAAGGAGGGCAAGCUGACCGUUGCUGUUCAGUUCUUCCCAUCUACUGAGUGGGUUCUCUUUAGACCAGCACAACGGAGAGGCAGGCAGCCUUGUCCCUGGAGUACUGGUUGUGGAGCUUGGUGUGGUCUUACAUUUGCUACCUAUUUCUUACUUUGUUAAAACUGGAUGGGAUGGCUUAGACAUAAUUUACUCACUCAGAUGAUUCUUGAUUUUGAUAUCAUCAAUGUACACAUUCACUGUAAAUAUCUGUAUUUGUUCAUGCACACACAUUUUUUACACUGACUGUCUCAUUGCUGAUGGCCAAGACCACUGUAACAGCUGGGACAGCAACAUAGUGCUGCAGAAGUAGUGACUGCUGAGAGUCUUGUCAAUAUUUGUGGCCAAAUAAUAUGAGCAAAUUGUAAAUUAUUAACAGAGGCAUCCUUGUGCUGUUAAUCAUAUAUCAGGAGUCAGAAUCUAGAUUUCAGAAUUAGCCAAGGUGACAAAAUCUAGGCCAUUUGAUGGAAAAAAAUAUUUUAUAUAUUUUUUUCUUUAAUUUUUUUUUUAAUUUGUUUGACAAUACACACGUGAUGUCUGAAUUUGGGCUUCAGAUCUGUUGUGAGUGCUAAGUUUGAUUCCUUCAACUCCAUUCUAGAUAAAUGUUAGUCUGUAGUAAGGGAGCUGCAGUUGUUAGUAAUUGCUGAGACUUAAUUUGCCAAAAUCAAACUGCCUCUAAGAAUUCGUCUUGGCAUAUUUUAUGCGGUUCCAUAAAAUAAUUAAGUUAAUUGUACCCCCUAAGAAAACUUGGAUCAAACCUAAAUCACACAUGAACAGCCCACACCUACUUCAUCAUAUUUAUUUAGGAAUAUUAUUGUAAGAUAAGGGUUAGAAGCUGGCACUGUCCCUUACAUCUCGCUUAGUGAAAGACAACCAACGAGCAUGUCAAACUACUGCUGUUCCUGUUCUCUGUAAAACAUAACAGUAGGAUGUUGCAGGAAGUGCCUAUGUAGGCUAGUAGUGGACACUUCCUGUCUUAAACAGCCAGAAUGCUCAGUAUGAAGAGAAGCAAAUGCUUCAACAGAUCUGGGACAUGUUGCCACUGUACUCUUUAAAACCACACCUGUUACUGCUUUGGCCUUUUGGUAUCCUCCAGUCAUCUUUAUCAUCAGUCUAGCCAUUUCUGUCAGUGUAGAGCAAAAAGCUCUAAUUAUGGCUCAAGAGACCAGCAUUUGACUAGCAGCUCCUGUGCCUGCUAGAGCUGAUGUUGAGGAAUGAAGAGAUUUAGCCUGCUUACAUUUCUUCAGGGGGAGUGAAGGAGACGUACCGGGGGCACAUUUUCACAGUAGGACUCCCAGUUACAUAGUCAUGCAUGCCCACAAAGAAGUAGAGGCAGGUCAUUUGAUCACAUCGCAUGUGGAGAUAAGGAUGUGCAUCACAAAGGCCCAUUGUACACCAACUCCAUAGACAACACUGAGCAUGUGCACUGGGACAAUAGGACUUGAGUAGAAAACCCCAUUCCUUUGCAAGGAUGAUGGCUGCACUCCAAGUUCACCAGAUCCUCACUGCUGUGGCCCGGGGGGGGGGGGGGGCUACUGGAUUAAUGGGAAGUACCCAUGAGGGAGGAGCUAAUGGUCAGAGGUGGAAAAAAAUCAUCUUUAUCUCCAUAGUGCAAUAAAUAAGUGCAGGAUUUCAGUGCUCAAGGUACAAGAUUUAUCUUGUUUAAGACGCUGUCCGGUUCGAUUCUCAGCUAGAGCGUCUUCUGCGUGGAGAGAUGCGUGAAUGGGCGUACCUUCGUUGAAGGUUGUGCAUCAGGCCUGGCAAGCCGGUACGUAAAAAAUCAACUGCCAAUCAUUAGCGGACCGGAGUUCCGCUGUGGCGACCCCUAACUGGGAAAAAGCCGAAAGACACAAACAAACAGGUUUAAAAGAAUGCAAAAUAGUGUCAGAAAGCAGUGAUAAAGUGUUUAAUUGGAGACCCUUUUGUACUGCCACUCCACAUCUGAGUCAUAUACAGCCCUGUUGUUCUUGCUGUUUCUCAGUUCAGUACCUGCAUAUACUUAUGCUCGUACGAGGGCAUCCAUUUGGAGAAGGCCAACAAGAAAACACAAAACACCAUCAAUUUAUUUCUGCUAAUAGCACUUAAUUGUGCUUCUGUUUUCUGUCCCCAAGAGUGGAUUUAUGUGCUUCUGUUCACCCCCACUCAAGAGUGAAUCUGUAGUUCAUGAGGCUGUAGGAUACAUCACUGCUGAGGCUGCUGGAUACUUCAAGCACAGGCAGCAACAAACUCCUCAAUCAUCGUUGCACUGUGCAACUACACAGAUAAACUUGAACAUACAAACCUGAAACAUUUCAGUAAGUAGUUUUGCAUGGCAGGCAUCCCCAGUACCCCACAGCCUUUAAUAACCCUUACUACUUAUAUAUGACAACUCCAAAUUGGAUAUACAUGAAGGAAACCCUUCCGUUUAAUUUAACACCAACUAUUUCCUCUUCUCAAUGCCUCUACAAUUUCUAUUACAUAAAA